AUGGUAUCCGAGUCGACUUCUAAUAUGCAACUGAAGAUUACCCCUGCGUCCUUAACGGGUUCUAAGUUGACUAUUGCCAAGAUCGAGGGUUGGUUUAAGAAGUUCGAGACGAUAGCCAAAUUUUAUAAUUGGGGUGAGAAGGCUUAUGAAUAUGUUCCGCUGUUCUUGGAAGAUAAAGUGCAGGUUGCUUAUGAUCAUAUUCCGCUGUCUGAUCGUACUGACUUGAAUAAG